AUGGAUUGGAUAGCGUAUACAAGCGAGUUGAAUGGUCAGGGCGUGCAAUUGCUGGGGUUCGGUGACGAUGCUCUCGCUCUCGAGUACUUCAAAGUUGCGCUGGAGACGAUUUCGUAUGUUGCCAAUGCUUGUAACGAAAAUGGAGGCUCCGUGCCCAAGAUGAUGCCUCCGGUGCCGAGGAACUUGCAUCUCGUCGCUCCAAAGACCGCCUCCGUUGGCGCUCCGAAUCUGACACCGCCUAUGGCAGCCACAGAUGCACCGCAAUACCGGCCACAUGAAACGGAAUCUACAUCUGCGGCAGAACCAUGGAUCCAUUCUGCUUCCGUCAAAAACGGAGGAGACAAUCAUUUCGUCUACACAAAGGCUCUCACGUUCACUAGCACUCCGGUUCUAAGCCCCGCAAACAUCUCCUUCUACAUUGGUGUGAUUGAGUUCAACAUGGGAUUGACGCUUCAUUUCCUGAGCCGCCGCCUUGGUGAAAAGUUCCUGUUCAGUGCGUUGACUGUCUACGACUUUUCCUUGGAGCAUAUCAAGAACAGCGGAUACGGCAUUGAAUGCUCCAAGCUGCUCCUCUUUGCCGCAUUGAACAACAAGGCGGCUCUAUUGUAUGACCUGAGCAGCUAUGAAACGGCCCGCGAUGUCCUUACGUCAUUGUUGGAUUCCAUUCACAACUGUAAGAAGGCCGGCAUCUUGAGUUCUAUCGAUGAUCAAGAUCUUGAAGGAUUCCUUUUCAAUGUUAUGCUGUUGCGGGGGGCGACCAUUGCUCCUGCAGCAUAG